GUUAGUGAGAGCUGACGUCCGCCAUCUUGUUUUGCAUCUCGUCUUACGUUUUUCAUAUCCUCCAAACUGAAGCGAUUUUUAGCGACUUGUAGGAGUUUUGGAGACCGCUUACUACCAUUGACCUACAGACAUGGCGGAGUUCGCAUUUGUUAAAGAGCUUCAUGCGGAACAAACUGCGAACGAGACGCACAUCAAAGAGGAGCCGACAGGAGACACUGGAUGGCAACGGGAUGGACAAGAGAACGUGCUGUGCCAGGAAACGUACUGUGAGGACCAGGAAACCAACAACUACCAACCAACCGGACAUCCUUGGGACGGGACUUACAACAGUUGCAAGCAGGCAACAGACACAGGACGGCAGCAGGACGAGGAAAGGGACGCUCGAAAUGACGAAACGUGUGGUGUAAAAGCAGAAAUGGAAGAGUCCAGCUUUAAACUUUCUAAUGGAGAACUGUGUACGGGGCAUCCUGUGAAGGAGAUGGGCCAUUCUGGGAAGACGACAUCCCGUACAGAACACCAUGGGAAGGAGAGUGACAGCAGGGAGGCCCAGACAGCAGACAUGGGCCUGCAGCAGGAAACGUGUGGUAUGAACUUUUCCCAACCUGACAACACAUCAACCUCGCAGGUACAGGAGAGCAGAGGUGAUAUGGGAAGGCAUGUGGUUAAACAUACUGGUCAGAAACCAUACAUGUGUGAGGAGUGCGGAUUUCGGACAAGUCGGAAGUUUAACCUAUCUGCACACAUGAGAACACAUACAGGUGAAAAACCCUACAAGUGUGACCAGUGUGACUAUUCUGCUGCACAAAAAAGUGAUUUGAAUAAACAUUUAGCAAAACACACUAGUGAGAAACCCUAUAUAUGUGGUGAGUGUGGACACAGGACGGCUAGGAAGUCUUAUUUAUCCCAACACAUGAGAACACAUACAGGUGAAAGACCCUACAAGUGUGACCAGUGUGAUUAUUGUGCUGCAGAUAAGUCCACUUUGGUCCGACACAUACGAAAACACACUGAUGAGAAACCCUACAUGUGUGGGGAGUGUGGGUACAGAGCAGCUCAGAAGUCUCACUUAUCCGCACAUAUGAGAAUCCAUACAGGAGAGAAACCCUACAAGUGUGACCAGUGUGACUAUUCUGCAGGACAGAAAUCCGACUUGGACCGACACCUAACAAUACACACUGGUGAGAAACCCUACAUGUGUGGGGAGUGUGGGUACAGAGCGGCUCGAAAGUCUCAUUUGUCCCAACACAUGAGAACCCAUACAGCAGAAAAACCCUACAAAUGUGACCAGUGUGGCUAUUCUGCUGCACAGAUAUCCAAUUUGGUUCGACAUCUUUCAAAUCACAGUAAUGACAAACCCUACAUGUGUGGGGUGUGCGGGUACAGAGCAGCUCAGAAGUCUCACUUAUCCGCACAUAAGAGAACCCACACAGGGGAAAAACCCUACAAGUGUGAUCAGUGUGACUAUUCAGCUGCACAGAAAGGCACAUUGGAUGACCAUGUAGCAAACCACACCGGUGAGAAAACCUUCAUGUGUGGGGAGUGUGGGUACAGGACAAGUCGAAGGCCUUAUUUAACCCGACACAUGAGAACCCACACAGGAGAGAAACUCUACAAGUAUGACCAGUGAAUUUGACCUCUAAAUUUAAAUGUGAUGAAUAUAUUUGAAAGGUCACCGUCAGUACGUUCUAUAAGUAAAACAUGGCCACUGGAUGGAAUACAAACUAAUUGCUACAUCUAAUCAUCAUAAGCAAUAAACAAGACGAAAGUUUAAUUCAAUUUUUACUGUAAGAAACAUGGACAUACCCACUAACGUGUAGCCA